AUGAACUCAUCUUCAGGGAGGCAGGGAAAGGUGUGGGCCACAGAGGAGGUGGAGGCCAGCCUGCGACCCUCCAGCCUGGAGCUGGCUAAUCCCAGAAAGGAGGACCUGGGGCUGGGUGAUGAUCAGAAGGAGCUGGGGGAUGAUCAGGAGGAGCUGGGGGAGGAGGGCCUGGAGACCCAGGCAGAAGGGACAACCUAUUCCCAUAAUUGUUCACAGUGCGGCAAGAACUUCAGUAAGGAGUGGGUCCUUAGAAGACACAGACUGGGGCCAGGGGAGGAAGUUGAAUGGUUGCAGGGUCAUGCCUGCCCUCACGGUGGCCGGGGCUUCUGGAAACGGAAAGGUCUGGCCUCCCACCUGCUGACUCAUAGUGGGGCCAAAGCCUGCGAUGUGUGUGACCAGCGCUUCACACGCCCUUAUUCUCUCAGCAAGUGCCGCCGUCAACACAGCGCCGUCAAGCCCCACGGCCCCCCUCACUGCCCCAAUCGCUUCUACCCCACCAAUGGGCUCAAGAGCCACCUGCACAUCCAAGGAGAGAGGCAAGAACGCACCCCAGCCCCACUCAUGCCUAAACUGUUCAUGUGUACUGACUGCGAGGAGCUGGGCGGCUACCAGAUGACGCACCAGGUGGACUGGCCAUUCCUCUGCCCACACUGCUCCAAGGGGUUCCGCUGCGCCAAGCACCUGAGACGCCACCUGGUCACCCAAUCCGAGGUGCGGCCCCACCGCUGCAGCCUCUGUAUCAUGACCUUCCGCAAGCCCAACGAGAUUAACGUGCACGUGCUCCGUCACCGGCUGGAGCGCACACACCCCUGCCCUGACUGCAGGAAGAGCUUCAAGACGGACUAUGAGGUCAUGCUGCACUGCCGAACACACAACGACGAGCACCCGUACCCAUGUGACCUCAUCACUUUGAGUUUCAAGCGGACGCAUUACCUGGCAUCCCACAAGCUCACCCACACUGGAGAUCAUCAUAUGAGUGUGAGCUGUGCCAGCUCACCUGCCACUGCCGUAUCCCCCGCCCCCACAACGAGCCAGACCACAGCCACACCAGCAGGGCCCCUCAAACUACUGAUGCCAGUUACACCAAACACACCUACCUCCACGUCGCACCACAAGAAUGGGUAA